GGGCCUGUCAUAUAUUGAAAUAUUGUUGAGUGCUUAAAUUUCAAGUAUUUUGGAUGUCAUAUCACAUCUGAUAUAUGUCAGAUUUCCUGAAUAUAGAGUGUGGAUAAGGCCCAAGAUAUUGAUACCAAUUAUGAUACACCUUUAUCAAAUACAUUAAAGAAUGGAGAGAUUUUUAUCUUCACCAUGGCCCUACCAGGUCUGGGGCUCACCAGCACCUCUCCAGCUCCUUGCAUACAGUCACAUGAUUAGAGCACAGAGCUGAUUACCACUUCCUUCUAAUGCCAAGGUGAGGAUUGUGAAAUUAUACCUCCACUUCCCCAUGUCUCAUGGUGUGGUACUUAAGUAUGUGGACAAGUUUACCUUGUACUGGUUUCAGAGGUGAAGUGAGGACAGACAAGAUUCAAUCAUUGUAUUAAUUUAAUGCACUUUGAGCAAAAACUGUAUAAAAGUAUACAUCGUUAUUACUGCUAUCGUGCAUUAUGCAUUCAUAAUGUGAGGUAUAAAAGGUGUAUGUAUGUAGGUGAAUGAAAGUAAAUAAAAUAAAUUGGAUGAAUCCAGGACUAGAGAAGGAUUGAGAACAGAUGGAAGCAGUGGAGUUUGAGAAUGUGUGUGCAAAGACAAGAAUACAACCAGGUGGCUCCCCCAAACACAACAUACAGCAGUGGAAACUUCUAAAGCAGAAAGGAUAGACAAGAUAUGUUAUCUGAGUCUUUGGGGAGUGAAGUGAAAGCAGAAUGUAGUGACAAUUCACCUGACAUGUUGUCUGAAAAUUCGGUUGUAUAUGAAGAGACCUCUGUGGAUGUGAAAACACAGAUUGAAGGUGAUAACAUGCCAGAGAAUGAGAAUGAGGUAUUGAGGUGUGGAGCAACACUGGAUGAAAUUAGAAAUGGCUCGGCACCUUGUUUACCUCCAGUCAUACCAUCCCACGACCAUACUGUCUUCUUUCAGCUACCGAUUGUUACAUGUGGCCAACCUCCUAAGCCACAUCCAGAUAACUUGAGAGAUUCCUGGGACACUGACCAUGUUCGUAUGCCUUUUUCAAAACACAGCUUGUAUCCAGUCCAAGAGGGUGGAGAACAGAGUCAGUUGCGGCAACGGUGGGAGCUCGUGCAGGAGGCUCUCCUCAAGACAAUAAUGUCAUGCCAGCAGCUGGAGGCUGUGAUACUGUCUUACAACUCCAAGUACAGUGAACGUUGGGACUUCUUAGUGCUGCAGUUGCUCUUUACUGAGGUGUUCUCUGAAGAUGAAACAAGCAACUUCUUCUCAACCCUACUCCCACAAAUUAUUCAACUUGCGCUACAGUUGCCUACUCUGCUGACAGCACCAGUACCGUUGCUUGUUCAGCACCGUAACCACACGCUUAGCUUCAGUCAGUUGCAGAUUGCAAGUCUUCUAGCGAAUGCCUUCUUGUGUACCUUCCCUCGACGUAACACUGCCAAGCGGCAGUCUGAAUAUGCACGCUAUCCUGAUAUUAACUUCAACAGGUUAUUUCAGGCUGCUGAAGGAGCUGUGCCAAAACCUGAGAAACUCAAGUGCCUGCUGCAUUACUUUCGAAGGGUUUGUUCCAGAGCCCCAGAUGGUGUGGUGACAUACGCUCGUCGAUAUGUGAAUCACAGUGAUUUGCCACAGUGGGACAAGUCUCAGAAGCUCCUGACAAAGCUUCAUAUCACCAGCCAAGGUACCAUAGAAGACGAUGGGGAGGGUCUGCUUCAGGUUGACUUUGCUAACAAGCGGGUGGGCGGAGGGGUGCUUGGAAGAGGCUGUGUGCAGGAAGAAAUUCGUUUUGUAAUCUGCCCAGAACUGAUCGCUGCGCGACUCUUUACAGAAGCUCUUGAUUCUACUGAAGCCCUUCUUGUUGUUGGCUGUGAACGGUUCAGCAACUACACAGGCUACAGUAACACAUUUGAGUGGAAGGGUAAUUAUGAAGAUAUGACUCCUCGUGACAGUAGUGGUAGACGAAUGUGCUCCAUUGUUGCAAUUGAUGCUCUGAAACUUGGCAACCGCAAUGUACAGUACACUCCAAGCAACAUGCACCGAGAACUGAAUAAGGCAUAUGUUGGUUUCCAUUGCCCAGAAUUCCAGCCUGGUGAAAGGCUGGCAGGAGUGGCAUCUGGUAACUGGGGUUGUGGAGCUUAUAGAGGUGAUGCCAAGCUUAAGACACUGCUGCAGUUAAUGGCUGCCUCUCAGGCUGGACGGCACCUUGCUUAUUUCACAUUUGGAGACGCCAAACUGCGAGAUCAAGUGUACCAUUUGUACACAUACCUCACUGACCACCAAGUGACAGUUGGACAAUUGUGGCGCCUCUUGUGUAAGUACUAUGAGCACAGUUUUCGAGGUGGCAGACUCAUCACCGAGCUGUAUCCAUUCUUGUACCAAGCUCUCUCAAAUAAGAGUAACCCAGUCGGCACCACAUCUGCUUCAUUUGCACUGUCAGCAAGACACAUAGGUACGAGACCCAGAGGAGAGGGGAACAAUGAAUGUAAGUGGCUUAAUAAGAACAGAGGGGCCCUCAACGAUAAGGAACUGGAAGAUGCUCUAGCAGCACUUCCGGUUGAUUCGGACAAUUGCAAUGCAAGGAAAAGUGAAAAUGAAUCUCCAUUCAAGUGCAUUAAGCUUAGAGAAACAUGUGGAAGCUCGUAUGUCAACCAGGGCUCAGUAGGGAAGCAACAGGACACUGUAGCAACCAGUGAUAAACAAAAGGGGACACUAUUGCAGUACCUGGAACAGUGUGACACCAACAGUUCAUUGACUGCCAGAAGUCCUAUACCUAAAAGAAAAAUAUCAGACUAUUUUGCAGCAGCUCCUAGACCUAAGUGAAGCCAAGAAGUUUGAAUCUCAUAGCUCUUUUUCGAAAAUGAAAUGUAAAUGUGAAAUAAAAAUAUAUUUUGUCUCUUGUUGACCCUGCUUGUUUAAAACUAAGUGGCGCUUUAUUUGGACUUUACAAAUUAAAGUAUUUGUUUAAUUCACUGAUUCUCAAGCCCCUUUUUUGGCACUGCCAUUACAGAACAAGAUUGAAUGUGCCAUAGAACUAGUUUCAAACUGCAAAUAUUAUUAUACCUUGAUCAUUAAAUUUGAGGUGUGUGAAGAAAACAAAUGACCUUUUAUACCAGCCAGUAGAAUUGCCAUGGUGUACGCCUUGAGGACCACCGAUUUAGUUCGUUCUGUUACUUUGCAUGUGUUAGGUCUGAAUUCCAGGGGUAAGAAUGCUGGCUAAAUCUGGCACAUAGUAGUUUCAGCAUCUUCAUGCCCAAAGGUUGUUUGUAUAACUAGUGAUUUCCUUAGUCAUGAAUCUCAAUGCAAUCAGAAAGCUUCUCAUAAAUUAUCUUCAUUGGUUGCAUCCUGUUGUGUGUUCCAGAUAUAUAUAGGAAUUAUGUCGGCUGUCAACACAACACAUGC